GAAAUAAUGAAUCAAGAGUUGCCUGAAAGGCUCGCUGAAGUGAAAACAGAACUGAACAAGGAUGAGCCCGCUCGACAACAAUCUGAACUACCUUUUCAGAAGUUUUUCAAGAAAUCCGAGUACGAAGUACUGGACGGAUUGCGCAAUCAGCUCACUUACCAAUCUACAAAGAAAGUAUUAACAGAACGUACGCUGGACGAAAUUCAAGAGUCACUCAAUGAAAUAGGCGACUCCGUGUUGCAAAUGAAUAAACUCCAGUCAUACAAAGGUUAUAGUAAAACGUUUGAGCAAAUAAUUGCAGAGGCUGAAAAAAGCGUGGUGAAAUUACAGAAGGAAAUCGAAACUUACAAGUCAAAAGUGGAAUUAAAAUGUGAGCUUAAUUCUAGCAUGUCGCCCUCGAAAACACCGGAUAUUAUGUCAUCGGAGAUUAUGGCUGGAGAUCAAGUUGUGACGUCAUCGCCUCGAUCUCAUUCGAGUGCAGUUUCUGGGAAGAUAAAGUCGGGAGGUGGUACUGGCUUGUCAAAAAUGGAAGAACUUGAUCGCGAAUUGAAUGACUGUCAGCGCAGGAAUAAAACGGUGUUGGUUGAAGAAUGGCAAUUUCGUGAGAGUUAUUAUGACAAAUUGAAAGAACUAGAAAGUCUGAAGUCGGCCAUCAGCUCGAGUCCCGACUUAACUUCGGACCCAGUAUUCGCUGGACUGUUCAAGGAGUGGUUAGAGCUGAGAGCGUCAGAGAGCUUCUUCAAGGCAGAGAAGUUUCUGCUGGACCAGGAAAUGAAGUCGUUGGAACGCAACAACGCCAUCAACUUGAUGGAGUCUCAGAAAUCAGCGGAUGUUCUUGCAGAAAUAGAGAAUCUGGAGUUGGAAGCAAUUGAAAAUCAACAGAAACUGCAGUCACUAUUCACUGAAGUAUACCAGUCAAAUGGCUCAAUUCAGAAAAUCCAACAAGAAAACGUAGAUCUAAUCAACAACAGUCUCCUGCCCUCUCUGGAAAUAGCAGAAGAUUUUUCUAACCUACCUGACAGAAUUAAAAAUGACACAGCUUGUCUGAAAACAGAACUUUUAGACCAAUCUAGUAUUGAUAUAGUAUGCAAUGCCUUGAAAAAUCCAGGAGACGAAAGAACAAACUUCGAAUUCAGGAAAGAAAUGAAACGGGUUUUGGGACUUAGCUCAGCUGUGCGCGAUGAUCAAAUUUUGACAGCAGUUGAAAAGAAAAUUGCUUUAAAAGAGUCACUAGAUCGGCAAAAACUGAGUUUACAUAAAAGUGUGAAAUCCAGCGCAGAAACUGAAAAUGCGAUGAAAGAUUUUCCACAUCUUUGCGAAGAUAUUGUGAUGAAAAACGAAAAACAGUUGACUAAAUUUAAAACUAGCGAAGCUAGAGGAAAAUGCGCUAAGCAUUUGCAGGAAAUAGAAAAGAAAUUAGCAGAAAUUGAAGACGAAUGCGGCCAAUUUGUUGUUCCAUGGAUGAAAGUUGAUGGCUACUCUUUACGACAAUACCGUCAAAUGGUGAAAGAAAGAUUCGAGCAUAAGUAAUUUUUUGAUCAAUGAUUGUUUUAUGCUACAGCGUGUAACGCCUGUAAGCACUUCUUGUUUUGAUACACAGACUUUGUUUCGUGUUUUAUGAUAAUUUAGAAGUUCAAAGAAUUGAACAACUGAGAUUUUGAGUGGCUAGAGGUGGAUUGAAAUAGACAUAGUAUGUAAAAAAUAUACUCGAAUAUGGUGCGAGAGACAAGUUCUCUUCGCGGAGAGCCACUUAUUCGCUUCUGUAGAAUCACUUUGGUAUUGAGUCUCUCAAAUCGCGUGAAUGCACAUCACACGUGCCGUACUUGCUGGAUGCUCUAUUUAUAACCGAGUAAUUGGUGGUUUUUCAACGGUUUUUUCAAUUGGCGAUUUUAAUAAUU